CCUGUUUAGGAGAAUUAUGCUUCUUUUACUCUAGCUUCAAUGUCCGCAACUGGACCCCGUUUUGCCGCCGGUUGCCUAUUCACUUUACACAAAAUCAGAGAACAGCGAAAGAUUCAUACAUACAUAACGCCAAACACAUCCUCUGACGUGCGCAUAUACCGAGAAAAUGGGUAAUGGUCAGCCUCCACCUUUGGCCAUGGUAGAUAUACUGAGUAUUCUGCUAUUCCUAUUUAUCUACUUGCCGUGGAUCAUUGGGAAUAGGAUUAUUAGACAUAUCUGCUGUUGUGGCGAAAGGGACCAACUGUCAUUGAAGGACGACUUAAUCCGAUCCCUCUUUAGAAUAGCUUCGGAAGUGAUCUCGACAAAUGUAUUGCUGAAUGCCGCUGAUCGGACAGGGAAGCAGGCCCUGGAAUCUUUGCGAUAUGGACAUCUGAGGAAGAAUAUUUUCCAGUCCGUACAACGAGACCGAUUCGCUGGCUACUGGUUGAAUCGCGGAUUAUCUCCAACCCCGACAGAGCCAGGAUGGUCCGAUGUCGUGAUCUAUUAUAUCCAUGGCGGUGGUUACACUCUCGGACAUCCUGCAGAUAAUCUUGUCGAUCUCCUGUUCUUCGCGGAGGUUCUGCUGAACAAUGGCAUUACUUGCAGUAUUUUUUCUUUGGAUUAUUCGCUAGCUCCUGGAAGCUGCCUACCGAUGCAGAUCACCGAGGCAAUUGCAGCGUAUCAGUAUCUGAUCAAAGUUGAAAGCAUUCACCCAUCCAAGAUAGUGGUCAUGGGAGAAUCUGCAGGUGGGCAUCUUGCGCUCUCGUUCCUGGCAGCUCUGCAAAGGCCCGGUCUUUGCCCGCAUCUCGAGACCGUCUUGCCGAAACCGCAAUAUGCGAUCAUUCUCAGCCCUUGGAUUGAUCUUAUAAAUAGUCAUUCCAGCAUAUCGGAUAUGCAGAAGAGGGAUUUCCUAUCUAAAAGGGCAUUGGAUAAGAACAGUCAUCAGGUCCUGAGAGAUACGCCUUGCGAGCAAAAAAGGCUUGUUGUCAACUUUGCCGAAAGAGUUGAUAUCCGGGGAUCUUGGAAGCAUAUUUUACCGAAGAGAACAUGGAUCACUGCCGGUGGAGAUGAGAUCUUUCUUGAGGAUAUCAAGGAUUUUACUAAAGAGGCGGACAAGGAUGGGGCUGAUAUCUGUCUGCUGGUUGCAGAGGGGAAAGCUCAUGCCUGGCAAACUGGAGAGGCCUUUGCUGAUAGAAAGAGGCUUCUGGCUACAGCAAUAUCCCUUCGAGGGGAGGGCAUGGAAGGAUACGCCGCGAUGGCAAGGCUUUUAAUUGAUGUCCUAAAAAAGAGCGACCUUAUGGCGGGAGAACGAGACUCAACAACUGCUUAGCGCGCUAUGUUCGGAUAUAUACUGUGGCGAUGGUAUUACCACAUCAGUUGAUGCAGACUAAUGGCAUUCUCUUAAUUUGGUGGUCCAGAAGACCUGGGCCGCUGCAAAAACCUACCGGUGUGGACUGUGUUCCAGGCCAUGGGAAUAUAACGGUAAAAGUAGGCCACUGGAGCUUGGAGCCUAGAGUAACAUCUUGGUAAGAGCCUGACGUAGUAAUUUGAUACCAGAAAAAUUUUGCAACAUUGAUCGGCAGGCUCGUGGCACAGGAGUAUGAGGACUUUAUCCUAGAGUCUUUGUCCAUUAAGCUGGUUGAUAAAAACAUGUGAACUGAUAUUGGUUCCGCUAUAAUUUAAGGAUUCUUAAACAAAU